AUGAAGAGGAAGAGAGAGCCUUCUGAGAAGUCGAAGAAGUCAAAGACUCUUAAGCUGGGAGAACCGUCUGCAUCCAAAUCGCAUGUGCCUCUGGACUCCUCUGUCUCAAGUAAGUUUCAUCCCUCCGAAACUCCCUCAAAUUCUAAUUUAAAGCAAUUAUGUUCCUCUCUACCUCAACCAUCUUCUACUUAUACCCCCUUUGAACCCACCAUAUCUAUUCCACCUACCUCUGAAUAUCACAACUCUAACCUUUCCUCACCCCCUCCACGACAAAUCAACCUCACUACCACAACAUUUCUUACAUCUAAAACUUCACCUUUGAAUGAAUCCCUCUCACCUCUCUCCUUAACUCCCUCCUCACCAACAUAUUACGACAUAUCCUCUGACGCUGAACAGCUAGAAAUCCCCGACCCUUCAUCCUUAACAUUGGCCCAACUACAAGCCAUAACAAUAUCUAACCAACCUCCAUUUAUCUCAGAUACCUAUGUUCCUUCUUCUUCUAAACCUCAAAUAGAACCACCCUCUAAACCUCAAAUAGAACACCCAACUGAACAACCCUCUGAACCUCCCACUAAAACUAUCCACACUUCACUAGAAUCCAUCAAUCCAUCUUUUGAACCUGAACCAACCUUCCCCACCCUGGAAGAGUCAGUUGCUUUAUUUUCAGAAUCCUCAAUUGUGAAGCUCAAAUCACUGUCUGAAUAG